GCUCCGCUUGGCAGAUCUCGCACAGCUUAACAGCUUUCCCUCCGCUCCACCUCGUGAAGCGAGCCGCGAUUCCUUCCAAAACGGCUCUCAGAGUCUCUGACGACGACGCACACUGUCACCCAGCCCCCCGCAGAUCCACGCAGCAGCAGAGACACCUGAAUUCUUUUCAAAUCCCGGAGCGGAUUCCGCGCACAAACCCACACCCCACCCGUCGAAUCUUCAUCUUCCUCCUCGUCGUCGCAGCGGCGGUCAUGGGGAACAGCAUAUACCGCUUCCUCUGCGGCGUCUGCUCCGACCUCUCCGACGCCGCCUUCACACCCCACGGCGCCCACGACUCCGUCGCCAGGCUCGGCCAGGACAUCCUCAAUUUCCAGCGAACCAAGCAGGUCCCGGAAGGGCUCGGCCGGCAUGUCGUCUCCUCCCAGAACGCGCAGGCCAACUGGUACAAGAAGCUGCAAGUGGCAUGGAAGAAGGCAAGGCCGACCCCGACGACGCCGGAGGACGCCGCGCAGCUCGUCGUGCUCACGCUCAAGAACCAUCAGAAGGCAGAUGUCGAGGGCUUCCUCGCCUUCUACGGCCUGCCACACCCAAAUGGGGCGGCACCAUCAGCACCACCAUCACAUGCACCAGCACCUGCGCCGGCGGCUCACACCACUGCCCUCACGCACAAGCCAGUCAAGGCCGAGCUGCACACGCUCCCGGUGGACGCCAAGGCGGUGGCCGACGGCGACACGGUCACCGUGUACGUGGACGUGUCCGAACGCGGCGAGUCCGGCAGUGUGCCCGCGGACAUCAAGAAGGCCGCGGCGGAGCGGACCAAGGCGCGCGCCAAAAGGGACUACCCCACGGCCGACGCGCUCCAGAAGACCAUUGCCGACGCCGGAUACAGGCAAGUCCCGAACGCCAAGGGCCAGGAGGUGCUCGCCAGGAAGUACAGGAUCAGGCUAAGUGGGAUCGACGCACCCGAAAGCGCGAUGCCCUAUGGCAAGGAGGCGAAAGAGGCGCUCCUAAAGCUUGUGGAGGGGAAAUGUCUUACGGUGCACAUCUACGACACCGACCGCUAUGGCAGGUCCGUCGGGGACCUCCAUGCCGGUGGGGUGUUCGUGCAGGUAAGGAACUACAGAAUGUGUAUUAUCUUUCAGAAGAACAUCUUGCCUCGUGGAAGCAACUUGACUAGCAAGAAGAUACGAAACACAUAUUCUUUCCUUAUGAGUUAUGACAUGAUAGCCUGCAUUCCUGUUAGCUUAAUAGCUGUGUUACUUAGGACCAUGAAAAGUGUUAUAAAAGCGACAAUCAAAUAA